AUGGAGGGGAAUGGACAGUCCUCCUUAAUUUGGCACUUAUCGUCAGUUCGAUUUGCUGCCUUUCACCUCGACAGGGAGCACCACAGCAAGAAGAUGAGGGAGAGACUACUGAUGAUUGGGAUUUUCUCUGGUUCUAUUCGAACACUCUGUCAUUUCACCGCAGGGAGGCACCUGAGGAAGUGCAACCUGCCGUAUCCUCACCACCUACAGUCGCUGGCAUUGGAGAGACUUCAACUCCACAACCAGCUGCAGAUACUUCAGUUCCAUUACCACCACCUACAGUCGCUGGCAUUGGAGAGACUUCAACUCCACAACCAGCUGCAGAUACUUCAGUUCCAUUACCACCUGCAAACUAAGGGAAUCGGCAACAUUAAUGUGAAGUUUGCUUCUUUCUAUGAACAGGGCAAAGAGGGUUAG